AUGGCUGACAAGACCCAAGAUGCUCACACGACACCCGUCGGUCCCUCAUACCGUACUCACCAGCAGAAGCCCAGUGCCACCGUUUCUGUCGACGUCAAUCUAGACAAUGUCCAUGUCCUGCCUCAGACCCCUCAGCUUAUUGCCCUACUGUCGAUGAUCCGUAGCAAAGAGACGGAUCGAGCAGACUUUAUCUUUUACUCCAACCGAAUUAUUCGUCUGCUUGUCGAGGAAGGCCUUAACCACCUGCCCGUCAUUGAGCACACUGUCACUACGCCUAUUGGCCGUACCUACAAUGGUCUCAUGUUCCAGGGCAAGAUUUGCGGUGUGUCUAUCAUGAGAGCUGGUGAGGCUAUGGAGCAGGGUCUUCGCGACUGCUGCCGCUCUGUUCGUAUUGGAAAGAUCUUGAUCCAGCGUGACGAGGAAACCGCCCAGCCCAAGCUUUUCUACGAUAAGUUGCCCGAGGACAUUGCUGACCGAUGGGUGCUUCUUCUGGAUCCCAUGUUUGCCACUGGUGGCUCCGCAACCAUGGCUGUCCAAGUUCUCAAGGCUCGAGGCGUGCCGGAGGAACACAUCCUGUUCCUCAACUUGAUUGCCAGCCCCGAAGGCGUCAAGAACUUUUCUGCCAAGUUCCCUCGCUUGAGGGUCGUGACGGCUUUCAUCGAUGAGGGCCUCGACGAGAAGAACUAUAUCGUUCCUGGACUGGGAGACUUUGGAGACAGAUUUUAUACCAUCUAA